UUGGAACAAAGUCAAAAUUCAACCAACUCCUCACUGAAGAACUCGGGCUGAGGUGGGAGGGUUGUCUGCAGUUUCCACCAACUCAGUGCCGACAAGCGUGCUGAGUUACUGAGAGGCAAGCAAAACAAGUGAAGAGUGAAGCCCUUGGUAAUCCUAAUUGGAGACACAAUGAGACAACGCGUUCACUCUGCCCUGAGCCCUCACAGUUCCUCUGCUGUCACUGCGUAGCACGUUCAGCCAAAGAAAAAUUAUGGCAGUUGUCGAAACACAGGUGGUUAGUUCAGACCUGGAUCCUGACGAGGAUUUGGAUGAACAAGAUGAAGACAUUUUCAGUCAGAUGGAUGAGAAUGGGAUCAUUGGAUUGGAUGAAAUCAAUGAGUAUUACGGGCAGUACCAUCCGCGAUUGGAGGAUGGCUUGGAAACUGUGGAGGAAGAUGGAGAGGUGACUGAGCUCAAAGUGUUGCAUGAUCACAAUAAAUUAAGUAGCCUAGUCUGUCCCCAAGAGUCUUUGGAUGAUGAGAGUUUUAAUAUCAGUGAAUACCAGGAUUCAGACCCUGCUUUCUUGUCCAUGUCUGCAGAUGAAGAUGGAAGUCUCAGUCAUUUAAUUUAUGAAUCCGAGCCACAGGAUGAAGAUGGAAUUCUCAAUGGUCGGGUUUCAAAAUCUCACUGGCACCCUGUAAGCGACAACCAACUUGACAUGACUGAAGAUGAAAAAGAGCAGGGUAGCUUUCAACUUCCAAAUGAUAUUGGUACCAGCAAGGAGGAGGACAGUUUCGAGGAGUACUCUGACUUGCCAUAUGACGAGCAAAUUGAGGAAACGAAUCCACGCCCGAUGAGAGACCCAUGGCACAGAUAUGAAGUCUAUAACAAAGCACAAAGUAUAUUGGAUCGUGGGGAUGAUUUUUCAGUGACAACUAUACGGGACCACGCAGAUAAACUUUCUGAUCAGUCUGACGAAAGCAUCACCUACUCAAAACCUCAGGGUAAAGAUUCUAGUCCAUCAGCACAGGGUUGUUAUUCUGAGGACUUUGAAGCAACCUAUUCCAGUAAUGUAGACAUUUUAGAUUUGUCACAUGAUAGCAAAACAAUAGGGUCUGAUGGUGAGGUUAGAAAGGAGAAGCAAGACAACUCUUCAUUUAAUUAUUCAAUAUUGCAUUUCAAUCAGGAGUUGCUGAGACACCUAUCAGUUGAAGACCUAACAAGGAGCCCAGAUCUUGAGGCGGAGACCAUUCCAGAAUCUUCAUGUACGGACAGUGUUGAAGAGCCAAUGGGUCGGUUUUCAGGCAAAGGGAAAGGUGUGGGAAAAGCAAAUCAAGAUUCUGGUUCUGGUAAUGAAAAUCAAAAAGAUAAAAGCAAAUCUGAGCUCAAUAAAGCAGCAUGUAGUAAACAAGUUAAAGUAGCUAAUCAAGAAAAGCAUCCUCCUACUCUUGAUAAACAACUGAUUUUAAAGGAUGACACUGGUCAGAUCUCUAAAGCAAACAGACAAAUAAAAACACUGACCCCCCACAGGACAGCCAUUAAUCUGAGACCGUCAAGAAACAAUUCAUCCAAGCCGUUAUCAAGAAAGAUCACUUCAGAAACUUCAAUGUAUGGCAGAGGUCGACUUAAUUACCCACUACCUGAUUUCUCAAAAGUGGAGCCAAGAGUUAAAUUUCCAAAAGAUGAGCGAGCUUAUCAGAAGCCCAGGAGUAAGAAUGCCAAUGUGCAGGGCAAGAGAAAUGACCCUCAGUUUCUCCACCAUUCUCCUGCAGAGAUUGUUCGUCAAGUACUGCAAAGUAGCAAUGAAUGUUCGCCGAUCACCCCUACCCCUUCAGGGGUAAAGGUUUUGGGAGAGUUCAAGUCACCACAGCAAGCAACAGAAAUGGUUUAUCAACUACAGGAGGAUUAUCGCCGGCUCCUAACCAAGUAUGCUGAAGCAGAAAAUACGAUUGAUCGAUUGAGGAUUGGGGCUAAGGUGAACCUCUAUGCUGACCCUCCAAAACCAAGUCAGAGUGUCCAAAUGGCAUCACUUAGCCAGGGUUCAAAGGUUAUGACAUUUACCAUCCCACAUGCACAAAGAGCUGAAAUUGGCCCACCUGUGAAUGCCAGUGUACAAGCAGAAUGUCUCUCAGUAACAGAAAAUGGUGAAGAAAUGGAAGUUGCCAGUACAUCAGGUACCACUUUGCCUUCGACGCAAGGUCCAUCUAUUGUGGAGCCUACAGCAGGGGAGUGUCUGACCUGGGCCCUAGCCCAACAGGCAGAGGCACUGCAAAAGCAGAUGGAUGGAUUCGAAGGGUUGCUUAAGGCAAGGAAAGUAGCACCAGUUGCCCAACAAAAGGCACUACAGAGGUUGAAGAAAGGUCAGGAUGCACUGGAGAGAGGAUAUCUACACUCCCGAGAAGAGCAUCGUGGGCUCCAACUCAAGGAUGCCUGCGGCAACUCUUACAUUAUUGGGGAAUUUGAUCCUAACCGGGAAGUGGAAGGGAAUAUUUUUCGGCUUGGAAUGCACUUGGAGGAUCUGAAGGAACGAAUUGACCAGCGUCCAGAGAGCCAUUCCUCAACAGAUCAUCAACCCAAUAUGUCCCUAACACCCAACUCAUGGGUAACGCCUGUCCCUGCUCCCCAGACUCCAAUACCAACCCUGUUAGCGAUGGCUCAGUCUCCAACACCAGCCCCACAUAGGCUUGUAGACACAGUUCAGAAUCUCAAACCUGAGAGCGCAGUUCCGAGUGCAGCACUCCAACAUAAAAAGGUAGAUGUGGAGGUGAGCUCAGUGAGUGGAGAAAGUGAGGAUAGUGAUGCCAUUCCUGAAACCUUGAAACACAAGACGAUGCAACUGGAGGAUAAUUUUGACCAGCUGUUGGAGCAAUGUAAAAACAUUAAGGAUUUACCUCUGUCACUCAGCCUUGAGAGAAUGAGGGAAAACCCCGAGACUCCUCAGCUACCCCCUACUGCACAUGCUCAGGAGAUGCGAAUGAUGGACCUAAUCCAAGAAGGAGGGAUAAAGACUUCCAAAGACAAUCUGGACAAAUGCAGCAGUAAAACACCAGAACCGAACAAAGCAAUAAUAUGGGAAACCACACUCAGUGAUGCUUUCAAGGACGGCUUUGGGCCACUACUGGAACAAGAGGAGUUGCUGCCUACUGAUACUGAAACCGGACUACACACCAGAUCUCCCAGCUCGAAGGGAACUUCCCAUUUGGAAAAGAAGGACCUUUUUUGUCGAAAAGGCCUGACCUAUGUGGAUGGAAUUGCUUCUCCUGAAGACAUGUCUCGCAAAGCUUUGCACCAAGCCACGCUAAUCUCUCUAGAGGAACGCAUUGUUUCUCCAGAGACUGACAGUGGGUUUGUGGGCUCCGACAGCAGCAGGCUCACUCCGGCAAUUCAGACUCCGGAACACCAACCCACUCAGAGCAGACUUCAAAAUCAAAGGGCGAUGUCACUAAAAUCGCCUUGUCAGGAUGAAAAACCUGCGAAGCAUGACCCACAGUUUCAGGAAACCCAGCAUCGAGGCGUUGCUGAACAUGAGCAGUCUCCAACAGCACGACUGAACAAUGUAAUAAGGAGGGACAGCGUUUUGCAAGUGGAUGCUUCCCGGACUAGCUCACCCCAGCAGUGGAUGGGCAGCAUGAUGAGUGAGUUUGAACAGGAGACCUUUGUUAGCCGCACAGAGUCCGAACCUGAUGUUCAAAAUGGCCUCAGUGCCUAUGCCAAGCAGAGGCGCCAUCGCUCAUCUCUGAACUCCUCACCGUUAACUUUCCAUCCUAAAGUCCAUUACAGUUCCAGUCCUUUGAGCAUUCACUCAGCUAGAGAUGAGGUGAUUCAGGCUUUGCAAAUGGAGGUCUCCCAACUCAGACAGCGUUUGGAGGAGACACUACAUAAGCCCCAAGGAGAUUCUGAAAAGAAUCCAUCAACCAGACUUCAAGGCCGUAUUGAUAAGCAGUAUUCUCCAUGGAGAGCAGCAAGGAAACACACACAGGAACAUCUGGAAAAGAUGGAGGACCAAGCUUGGAACAAAUCCUCAACAAGUCAUAGCAACUCCAAAUUGUUUCCACAGCACAAGUCGGACCUAGAAAUAAGUGCUGAGUCAGAUGCAUCUUCACCUAUCCCUCAACCUGUUUCUGUUAGUCAGACGAGCAGGAGAUCUUUUUCUCGUGAAAGACAAAAACACAGGCCUGUUAAAGUCAAAGGACCAUACACAGGCACUGAUUAUAGUUUAUUUGUGCCACUGAGCUCGAUGGAGGGAUCUACAGCCGGAGGAACAUCCUGCCCUUACUGCAGACAAACCCGAGCACAGAUGACUGCAAAUGCCCCAUCAAGGAGUGCUCCUAUUUCCACUAGUAGCCUCAAAAUGAAUUGCUGCCCUGUAUGUGAAGGAUCUAGAACAUGCACAGACCAGAAAUCAGAAGUGAAAGCAGAACAUGCUGCUAAAGAGGAGCUCCCCAAAAGCGCAGGACGGAGCCGUAAGGCCAGGAAGCAGCACAAUGUCCAUAUUGUUGAGCCUUCGCCGAUGUUCAGUUACGUUCCAACAGCUCACUAUGUGCCUUAUUCUUCACAAGCUUAUUAUUCUUCACUGGCCUGCACAUACGCAUCACCAGUACAGUCACACUUCUACUAUUCACCCAAAUACAAAGUGAGAGAGUCAACCCCAACAACUGCACGAAAGAGAUCAAAAAGCUACCGUCAGCGACCCUCAACAACAGAUGACAUUUCCUACUUUAAUGGUGAAGCAUUUGCGCUGUCAGAUCUCAAUUGCUCCCUAGACCAGGCCAUCAAUGCAGCCAGGACCAUAAAAAGGACCACAAAGAAAAUGGUGAAGUCACUCUCAUCAGACCUCUACAAGGCCAAAGCCAUCCGAGAAUGUCACCAACUAUUAAGCCACUGACGUCAGAGUAUUGUGUUUUGUUUGAGAUAUUCCUGUAUCAUUUAAAUACUCUUGUAAUUUACCUUAAGGGCAUCACAUACAUGCAUUUGUUGACGCACUACUUUGUGUUUGACAAGCCAGCGUGUGAAUUAUUUCUGCACACAGUUCCUUUCUGCUGCCACCUUAUGAUGGUACGUGUUGAAAGCUGACCUCAAGCAGCUGGCUCACAAGCAAAUGAUUCAUGGAUCCUGGGAAAUGACGUAGGUACCUUACAAAGGGCACAGAAGGUAGUGAACGUAAUGUUCACUGUGCAUCAGUCACAUUGCAAACUCACUGAUUACAUUCAAACAACAUGGAGAAAGCUUAGCCUUAAGAGUCACCAACCAAAUAUUGCUAAAUAGUACUCAGAAUUCUAUUGCUUAGAUUCACAGACAUGGAAGGUGUUACGUUAUACAGAUGGAGAAUCACCAAUAGGAAAUGAGGGCAAUUCACAAAGUGUAACUUGAGUCUUGUCAUUGUGGAUUAUUUUCCAAAUCGAUGUUUUUAUUCAUGCCAUUUGUUUGCAUUGUCCAAUAGUUAAAUAUCUACUUCAUAGCUGUAAAAGAUAGCAGGCUGUUUAAUUCUCUGUCCGUCGUGACUUGCUGUCAUGUGGCAAGAUUUCCAUUACUUCAAAUCAAGAUCACCUGCCAGUCUGUGUAGUUACAGACUGGCCAAAUGAGUUACUUUUGUCUGAAAUAAGGUGUGAAGGAUCUUCUACAUGUAUUUGGGUUGUUACAUUAGAUAAAAUCCAUUAACAGCAAGAGGGAAGUAUCUGUGCUCCCAUUGAGAAAUUUAUGAUCCUAAUAUGCCACGUGGUACACAAGUGGGACAACAUAAAUGUUAUUAUCUUGUACACUUUGUAGGGUUGUUCAAAAAUUUGUUGUUUUAAAUUAUGUAAUUUGCAGUCUUUUUACCUCAAGUGCCAUGUAAAUAUUCUGGAGGAAUUCUGGUACUAAACUACUAUGGUUUUUAGUGACCUUAGAAAUAAACAUGCACUGAUGCAAUAGCUUGUAUCAUAGCACUGUACUUUUCCUAUUAACAAGGUCUUACACACUCUGUUAGCUGGUUGGAUAUGUUACCUAACUCUGAAAUGUUCUUUUAGUUAUUAAUCUCAGGAUAACAUGCUGCAUCCAAAAUAACAAUCUUAAUUCCAUGCUAGCCUCAUCUAUUUUCAAUAAUCAGUCUAUUUUUGUUCAAUUUAAUUUUAUAAUUUAAAUUGAAAGGAUUGGGGGUUACAGGAUGAAAUGUAAACCAUUCAGUCCUGAGUGUGUGAUAUACAUCAAAAGAGAUUGCUAAUCAAAUGAUUUCUUGCCAAUGUUUUGAAUUCUCUGAUUUACUGGAUAAAGUAUGUUUAAGGAUUGAUAGUCUGGCAAUGGAUAUCAAGCCUCUGCAAUCAAGAAUCAAUAUUGUAUCAACAGCAUCUGACUAUACUGAAUCCAAUUUGGUUUGGCUAUUAUUUAUUACUGUUUAAUUGAGUUAAGGUUUUCUCUAUGUUGUAAAUCUGUCUCAUAGAUUGGACCACUAAGGGAAAUUAAAUUUAGUUCUGAUGGAAAUGAGCACAUAAUCUGAAAUGAAUCAAAAUCAACAUUUGACCAUCAUACAAGUUAAAACCACUUCUGUGGAGAUUGGAAAAUCCAGACAGAUUUACGCAAGUUUCCAAGCAAACAAGUAAUACAAGCUUAAUUUUGGAUCCAGUUUUUACAAUAUUAGAGAUGAUUAUCGAAGGUGAAGUUUUGUGCAUUUUCAGAUUUUAUUUUUCAGUCUGAAGAUUCUGAAUCUUUUCAUUCAGAUUCUGUGUCUCUUAUUGCACAUUCAAAGGUUUAAAAUCAUUGCUUUUCAGGCAAAUGCCUUUCUCAAUCUUGCUUAAGAACCUGCAGGUUUGUAUGGCAGAGACGACUUAACACCAUUAGCUGUGGUUUAUUAUAAAUUUGCAAAAUAUUACCUGGGCUCUAUCAUUAUAUCAGACUUCAAACAUUUGACUUUCAUGCUAUUGUCUGCUGCGUGCACUCCACAGAAUGGUUAUGGGAAGAAUCUCUCUGUUGCUAUUCACUGGAUGAAGGCAUUACUGGCAAAGCUAGCACUUCUGUCCAUUAACACAUCCCCAGUUACUUUGCUGUUUUGACAGCCAAUUCUUGCCAGUUUUCAGCACUUUUUGUGUAGAAAUACAUGUGUUACCUUCAAGGGACCAACUUGGGUGCAGCCAAUGCAGGAAUUUCUGGGUUGUUGUGCAUUUAGAAAGAGCAUAUACUUUACUUAUUCCUAAUUGUCCUUGAGAAGAUGGUGGUAGGCUGCCAUUGUGAAAGCUGUGGGUGGCAUUCUAAGUCAUUUCAGAGGGCAGUUAAGGGUCAGUCAUAUUGAUGGGGGUCUGAUAUACCUGAUAUGUAGGAGCUGGUAAAAUGAUAGAUUAUUUCCCCUAAUUACUUGAUCAGUGAUUCAGAUGUGUUUUUAACAACACUCUGGUAGUUACAUAGCUACUACUACUUAUACUAGCUUUUUAAGAUCAGAUUUGUUUAAUUAACAGAAGCUAUAGCUGUCACAUCUCUGCAUUUCUUUAUCUCAUAAAGUAACCACUAUGCUACCAUUCCCUACUGUAAAGACUGUGGAAUCCCUCCAGUAUGGAAGCAAGCCAUUCAACUCAUCGAGUCCACACCAACCCUCCAAAGAGCAUCUCACUCAAUCCAGCUAGCCUGCACACUACAGGGAAA